AUGGGCUUCACGUUGCGAGACACAUCAUCAUCAUCAUCAUCAUUCAAUCAUCAAUCAUCAUCAGCAUCAUCAUCAUCAUCAUCAGCAGCAGCAGCAGCAUCAUCAUCAUCAUCAUCAUCAUCAUCAUCAUCAUCAUUAUCAUCAUCUCAUCAUCAUCAUCAUCAUCAUCAUCAUCAUCAUCAUCAUCAUCAUCACCAUCAUCACCGGUAACAGCGAGCAAAAAUCUUGUAGAGUUUUGGCCUCUCUCGUGACCGAACGCGCGACGGACACAGACAGACGGACAGACGAAUGUCGUCACGCGCGAACGUACGCACUUGUCCUUCGCGAGAAUUGUGAUGUGAUUAUGGUCACCUGUCAUCGUUAUCGUCAACGUCAACCGAACGGUUAUCCGUAAGGUAUGCCUCUUUUGAGGUAUGCUCCUUGUCCCAUAUUUUCCACAACAGCAGCAACGGGAGCGAGAGCGCGUGGCGCGGACGACUGCGAUCAGUACGAUCGGUCGCGUUGUUAAACUUGGAUCGGCGCGAGACGAUAAGGAGCCAGUGACGGCGGAGGAAAA